UUAGACUCCGCCAUCAUUCUCCCUCGCCCCCGCCCGAGCGGCUCAGCGUCCCUCUCAACAUUUCCUCCUUUAUUUCCUCCCUCCCGUCUCUUCCUCCCCACCAUGGCCACCCCCCACGUUAUAGCCUCUUCGUCCGCCCAUCAUGGCUCCCAGUCUGCGACGUCGAACGGCAUCGUGGGUGCGCAUUUUCGGGUCGGCAAGAAGAUAGGCGAGGGCUCCUUCGGUGUCGUCUUCGAGGGAACGAACUUGCUGAACAACCAGCCCGUUGCCAUCAAGUUUGAACCUCGGAAGUCGGAGGCACCACAGCUCAGGGAUGAGUACAGGUCAUACCGGACACUGAACGGAACCCCCGGAGUUCCUCAAGUACACUACUUCGGCCAGGAGGGCCUACACAAUGUUCUCGUCAUCGACCUGCUCGGCCCCAACCUGGAGGACCUCUUCGACAUGUGUGGGCGCAAAUUCACCAUCAAGACUGUAUGCAUGGCGGCCAGGCAGAUGGUCACUCGUGUACAAGCAAUCCACGAGAAAUCCCUCAUAUACCGUGAUAUCAAACCCGACAACUUCCUUAUUGGUGUCCCCGGAUCGAAGAACGCGAACACCAUCCACAUCAUCGAUUUUGGAAUGGCGAAACACUACCGUGAUCCGAAGACGAAACAGCACAUUCCUUACCGCGAGCGCAAGUCGCUCUCCGGGACGGCCCGGUACAUGUCAAUCAACACACAUCUCGGUCGCGAGCAGUCGCGCCGAGACGACCUGGAGUCGCUUGGUCAUGUCUUCAUGUACUUCCUUCGCGGCGGCCUGCCGUGGCAGGGUCUGCGCGCUGCCACGAACAAGCAGAAGUACGAGAAGAUCGGUGAGAAGAAGCAGAGCACGUCCAUACAGGAGCUGUGCGAGGGUUUCCCAGAGGAGUUCGCGAUCUACAUGAACUAUGUUCGUAAGCUCGGCUUCGAGGAGACGCCAGACUACGACUUCCUCCGCGAACUGUUCACGAAGGUGCUGAAGACGCUCGGCGAGCCUGAGGAUGGCGUCUUCGACUGGAUGCUCCUGAACAAUGGCAAGGGCUGGGAGGCUGGUCACACGCCCUCGACCCUGCUCGCACAGGCUCAUGCAAAUGCUGCUGCACCGCAUACCCCGCACCGCGAGCACCGCUCGCGCGGCCAUGACGGCCAUCGGCGCAGCUCGCGCCAACCCGUGCAAGACGCCGCGCCGUCGCCGUCUUCGCAAAUGGUACUCGCGCCCACCCCAGCACAUGUCAAGAGCAGCAGCCGUCGCGUGGCCGCUGAGGCCUCUCGAGGAACCUCGCGCGAGCACGCGAGCGUGCAGCCACUGCCGCCUGCGAGCCGGCGGCAGAGCCAGCAGCACGUAUCGCGCGCGGAGCGGGAAAGCCAGGCAUUAGCAUCCCACCCUUACGCGGCGACGCCGAGCCCGGGUGGGUAUCGCGCGACGGCGUACGACCGCUCAUCGCCUGCGCCUCCGGCGAACGGGCAACCGGGGGCAUCAGACUCGUUCGUGUAUGGCCAGCAGCAGGCCAAGAACGGGACGAACUCGCGGGAGGGGACGACGACGGCAGGGACGGCCGCGAACCGCGACGCAAUGGGCGGCGCGGGCACGCGUGCGAUAGGUAUGUAUGACCGGGAGCAGAUGGCGAGGGUGGGAGAGCAGGAUGAGCAUGGCGGACGUCACAGAGGCUUCUGGGGUGCGUUCUGCUGUCGCGGAUGAGUUCGCGAGACUCGUCGGUGAAAUUGCUUUGCAUGCGGCAACCCUCAUGACCACGUCCACGACCGACUGCCUAAACUAUCGUAUAGCCCGCCCCGGCUUAACUUCCUUCACGCCCCUUUACGACGAUCCUCGCGCUCGGCGCCAGCACAAGCACCAAAACCGA